ACACAUAAAUACUCUUUCAAAUUAUAUAUCGUGUUUGUUAGACCCAAAGACAAAGAAAAAAUUUUUGCCUAAAUUUAUAAAUAAUCCUGAUUAUUUUAAAAAUUUCGAAACGUUAUAUAUUAAAUAUAAAAGUACAAUGUCAGGAUCGUCAGCGUACGAUUACAAUGAGCCCGAUAUGGAAGCCAUGCCUUAUUCUGUGCGUAUACAUAAUAAACUAAGAAGGGCUAAUUAUGAAAUUCCACAACAUGCCACAGAUGAAAUAGAUACAUAUUUAAAAGAGGAAGUAGCUAGUCCGACAACCAAUGUACUCGAUUGGUGGCAAAAAAACAGCUCAAUAUAUCCAACUUUGUCUUUAAUGGCCAGAGACUUUUCGGCUCAGCAAACUACGAGUGUUGCCAGGGAAAGAAUCUUUAGCAAAGCGGUGGAAUGCAUGACUAAAAAACGUAGCCGCCUUUCAUCCAUCACUUUGAAGCAAUGUUUAUCUAUUGAUUGCUGGGACAUAGAACUUUUAUAAUGAUAUUAUAUUAACAUUUUUUAAAUAUAUAUU